AUGGCGACAACCGGUCCCUCCCCUCGACGAACCGAAAUGGUCUCAAUCGCGCCUCUUCUCCAGCGCCUCGCCUACCCCGCCGCGGACGGUAUUCAAUUGAGCGCCCAGAAGAUUGCCGCUGUCAGCGCAGAAGAAAUUGCUUCUGCGUUCGCUCUGAUUUUCGAAGAUGGCCUAUCUCACAUCCAGGCAGCUGCGCUCCUGACGUUGCUGCACUCAACUGGCAAAGAUCGAGAGGCAGAUGUGAUUGCCAAAUGCUCCCAGUGUAUGCGUGAUGCUGCCUCUCAAGUACCGAAGGGUCCUCUGAAGAAAGUGCUCAAAGAUCGUGCACUCAAGGAAGGAAAUUAUGCGGGUGGGCUGUGCGAUAUUGUCGGAACUGGCGGAGACUCUCAUUCGACCUUCAACAUCUCUACAACCUCAUCAAUUGUUGCCUCACCUAUAUUGAUGACCGCCAAACAUGGCAACCGUGCCCAGACAUCUUUCUCUGGAUCUGCAGACGUGCUCAAUGCCAUCGUACCUAUACCACCAAAUCUCACUGCCAUCACCAACGAGAACUUACACGAGGUUUACGCCAAAACAAACUACUCUUUCCUAUUUGCUCCCAACUUCCACCAGGGAAUGGCGUACUCCAACCCUGUCCGGAAGGGUCUCGGCAUCAGAACCAUUUUCAACCUCAUGGGUCCAUUGGCAAACCCUGUAGACUGGGCUAUUGAAGCUCGUGUUGUUGGUGUUGCUUACCAGAGCCUUGGACCAGUGUUCGUGGAAGCCCUCAGACAAACAGGGGCAAAGAAAGUCCUAGUCGUUUGCGGCGAGGAAGACAUGGACGAGAUUAGCUGUGCUGGCAAGACAAACUGUUGGAGACUCUCCGAGUACCCGAACCCCGCCUACCAUGCGUCAGGCGCCCAUGGGGACGAAUCAAGUGACGAGGAGACAGAUAUCCCUCGCACUCUCGUCAAAAUGGAUAGCUUCCAACUCCACCCCUCAGACUUUGGAUUCUCCACCAACCCCCUCAGUGCUGUGGGAGGCCGAAAGAUGCCCAAGGAUAACGCUGCCAAGCUGAUGAGUAUUCUUCGAAAUGAGCUUCCACGGGACGACCCAAUUUUGGAGUUCGUGCUCAUGAACGUGGCCGGUCUGCUCGUUACCUCCGGCGUCUGCGAGUCCGACACUAGCAACAUGGGCCCAGGUGACGACGGUAAAGUCAUCACCGAGCGUGGUCCCGGUGGUGGUCGCUGGAAGGAAGGUGUGCGUCGCGCACGCUGGGCAAUUGAGAGUGGCCAAUCUCUGGACUGCUUGGAGAAGUUCAUCGAGGUCACCAACCUUCUAUGA